UUUGAAGCGGUGAAGACUGAAGACUAAAAGUUCCUUAAUCAGUAAGUUAGGACCAUUUAAGCGCUAUAAAAAUGAAAUACCAUUACAAUGCACAAGAGAGAAAGUCUUAAAUCAACGAAAAACAAAAGAAGAGGAGAUAGUCAAAAUUACAUAAUUCAAAGACAUUUCUUCAUACUUCUCUAACAUUAAUGGAGUCCAAGGGAAUAUGUGCCAUAUGCUUAAAUGCAUUGAAUGCAGGUGAAGGCCAAGCAUUGUUUACAGCAGAGUGCUCUCACACCUUCCAUUUCAGCUGCAUUUCCUCCAAUGUUCAAUAUGGCAAUCACAUCUGCCCAACUUGUCGCUCCACUUGGAGAAACCUCCCAUCCCUAUUCACUCCUACUCAGAACUACAUUCCCACUCCCCCUCCUUCCCUUCUUUCCUUCGCAGACGAUGAGCCUCUCCCUGAGCCCUCUCCUGCAGCACCCACCACCAGCUCGUCCUCGAUCCCAACAAACUUUCAAAAUGCUGACAUCAUGACUGUAAAGGCCUUGCCUGAAUACCCUACACUAAGCAAUCAAGAUCAAUCCAGCUCUUUUCCUGUUCUCAUUAGAAUCCAAGCCCCUCCCCUAUCUCCAGAAGCUUCUGACAGGCCUAAUGAUCGGGCGCCACUAGAUCUCAUUGCAGUUCUUGAUGUAAGUGGCAGUAUGCAUGGUGACAAAAUCAGGCUCCUCAAGCAGGCAGUUGAGUUUGUUGUGGACAACCUGGGCCCUACAGAUCGAUUGUCUGUCAUCACAUUUGCAUCCUCUGCACAGCGAGUGACCCCACUCCGGAGGAUGACUGAUGCAGGUAGAACUGACACUAUCCGCGCUGUCAACUCUGUUCGGGCCAAUGGUUCCACUAAUAUCAUUGCAGGACUAAAAAGGGCUGUUGAGGUCCUGGAGCAGAGGAGACAAAAGAACCCAGUCUCAAGUAUCAUUCUUCUUUCAGAUGGUCAUGAUAAUCUAAAUGGACAAGGCCCUGAUUUCCUACGCUCCCUCCAUUACCUGCCACCUUGCCUUCGUGCCAAUGAUCUACCUAUGAAUGCUUCACAAACCUCUGCAGUUCCUGUACACACAUUUGGUUUUGGUUCUGAUCACGAUGCCACUGCCUUACACGCAAUAGCGGAUGGUUCAGGCGGGACUUUCUCAUAUAUAGAGUCAAUUGAGAUUAUUCAGGAUGCCUUUGCUCGGUGCAUAGGCGGACUAUUGAGUGUUGUGGCACAAGAAGUGGAAAUACAAUUGAGAUCUGGAACUACAGGGGUUGGAAUCCAGUCCAUCCCCUCAGGAAGGUAUCGCAACAGUAUUGAUGUUAGUGGGCUACAUGGCACAAUAUAUAUAGGGGAUGUGUACGCAGAAGAGGAGAAACACUUCCUGGUAUACCUCUCUAUCCCACCUGCUGCUGAUGGGACCUUGGCUACACAAUUGUUAGAGGUUAAGUGUUCCUACAAGGACCCACUUUCUGACCAAAACAUCAUGUCUGACAUUGUAAAUGUUGAAAUUCGUCGGCCAACGGCUGAGGAACUAUCCGAGGAGGACAGGCAGGUGUGCCUAGAGGUGGAUAGAGAGAGGAACCGCAUCUCAAUAGCACAAGGGAUCAUUGAGGCACAGACUAUGGCAGAGCGAGGAGAGUUACGUGAAGCUCAAUUAUUGCUUGAACAGCGGAGGGAGGCAUUGAUGCAAUCAGCCUCAGCACAGGCACGGGAUUCCCUCUGUGAAAGAUUGGCAGGCGAGGUGACAGAGAUACAAGAGAGGAUGACGAGUAGGUCAGAGUAUGAAGCAGGAGGAAGAGCUUAUGCAUUAUCAAGGAGGAGCGCACAUAUGUAUCAGAGAGCUUCGACUCAAGCUGUCAGCAUACCUCUAUCAGGUAGGUUAAGAUCUAGUGCAUUAGGAUCUUCCCUUGCUGCUGCUCCUGAUGAGAUGCAUUAUCAAACUUCUUUCAUGAGUACAAUGGUGCAGAAAUCACAGCAAUUACGCAAGUCAAGAGAUCAAGCUUAGUUAUCUACUGAAAGUAGUAUACAAGCAAGCCAUGGGGGUGGGCUUGUUCUGUGCUACCUAAUUUGGAACAUAAGUUUUCACAUAGUACUUGCGAGUUUAUGGAGUGGGAGUUUAUGAUCUUUUCUCUUUUGAAAAUAAAUUUUAGUAAAAGAAAAACAUUAUAUGUGGUUUGAAUUAGGGUAAAGGUCUUGAAAGUGAUUAAUUGUUUGAUCUAGUGUAUAUAAUCUGACUUUUUGUGAAGAACACUGCUACUAUUAUUAUACCAUACUAAAAUUUGUUAAAUGGUACUCUUGUACAUCAGCUAUAUAUUCUUUUAGGCUGGAAUCAGCAAAUAUAUGUAACUGCAUUCAAUUUAAUUUCACAAAAAUCUAUUAUCUAUAUUACAUUGCUAGCUUCCUGCUGCGGCCUAGCAGCACGUCA